AUGGGUGGUCUUCAUAUUGCACUCAAUUUCAUGCAUGUCAUCGGCAAGCACAUGGCCGGCAGUGGACUUGGAGACUUAUGGGUGGCAAGUGACUUGAUGGCGGAAGGAUCUGCAACUAAAGUUCUCGAUGGGAAAGCCUAUAACAAAGGCAUGAGAGCUCACAAGCUUACUUUACAAGCUUUUUGGCAUCUUUUGCAUCCUUUGUUUCUCAAUUUUCUUGAUGAACAGGAUUUCUCAGAAGCAGAUAGUUUAUCAUCAAGGGAAGUCAAUCUUGAUGAUCUCAGAGAAUAUGUGAGUUCUCCGUCUCUUCUGAAAUAUUUGUCUUCAUUUUUAAAAAAUAGAUCAGAAGCAGACAAAAACUUUAAGCUUUGGUGGAUGUACAUAGAUAUGGUUUUGACUCUCCUCAUGUUCACAAGAGGUAUUCGGGCUGGAGAUUGGGGAAGCUAUCGUGGUUUCCUCUCGGACAUGCUUCCUUAUAUAGCUCUCUAUGAUCAUGGAAAUAACCUAAAAUCUCUAUCAGUGUACAUUGCUGACAUGAACCAAUUGCCACCUAAAGUGGAGGCCGGCUUUCGAUCUGGCGACUUUGCUGUGUUAAGAACUAAGCAAAAAUUUUGCCAAGUAGAUCCAGAUCAUGCACAGGAAUGGGUUGUUGGCACAUGCAAAGAUGCGUCUGGUGGCAUUCUGGGCAUAACACAAGACGUCAGAACAUUACAGCGAUGGGCUCUGUCUCUUCACUGGAGAAGCAAAAUUUCGGAGCAAACAUACAAUUUAUUUAAAAAACCCCCAAGUGAGACCUGUCACAAAGAAGAGACACGUGGAAGACGUGCUAGAGAUGCACAUGAUGAAAACUCAAUUUUACAGGUUAUGGAAACAUAUAAUCUUGCCACUGUAAAUAAAUCUAAUGUACUGCACAAUGUUGCCACUAAAGAUGUAGCUACAGCAGAAAUUUCUGAUGCCCUUCUGACUGCGAAGCAACGGGGCAUAGUACUAGUUCAAGACUUCGUUUGUCAAAGGCUUGUUAAAAGUCCUGAAAGUUGCAAGGUUACAGUUAGCUACCAUGCCACGAUACAUAAAAACAACACACUUACAUUUGCUAAUCUGUACACAAGAAAGACAAGUCAGGAUGCUCACAAAAAACAAGUAUUUCAAACGGACAGAGACUUUUUCCGACUGUUGAUAUCUGCAUUUGACGGCGGAAGAAAAAUAGACCUGAAAAAAAUUUUGAAGCAUGAGCUCUGUCAGGUGCCUAUUUCAUUAGCUACGUUAGAUGGUGAACUCCGAACAGCUGAAAAAGUAUCCUUAGUUGAAGAAAUAGUGAAAGGGGUUGAGUGCCUAAAACAUCUGCCUGAAAAUGAUAAAUCAGACGCUAUUCUGAUAAUUGAUGGCAUGGCAUUUGUCUUGUCUUUGGGCCGUCCAAACCAAGCUGAAACCUUCGGGGAUUAUGCUGCCUGCUUCAUUAAAAGAAUACUAUAUUAUGGAUACAAGUACAAGGAAGUUCACGUUGUCUUUGAUAGAUACCGUGCACAAUCAGUUAAAGUUGGAACGAGAAAAAAAACAGCCAAGGGUUAUGCUCCUGUGCGCAGAGACAUUGAGGACUGCAACGUGCCGCUGCCAAAGAACUGGAGUAACUUCUUGUUUUUAUGA